AUGGCUGGCACAUCUAACACAGCUGGUAUCCCUGCACCUUUAGCUGAAGGACACUCUAUCACUAGACCACCUUUGUUUAAUGGUUCUAAUUAUUCUUUUUGGAAAGUGAGGAUGAGAAAUUUUAUUCAAUUUGUUGAUAUUGAAGCAUGGCAAAGAAUUGUUAAAGGUCCUGAAAUUCCAUUAGAAUUGCAUGCUGAUGGUUAUAGAGAAAAACUAGAAGAUGAAUAUAAUGAACUUGAUUGGAAGAAAGUUUCUUCAAAUGCUAAAGCUUUAAACAUUCUUCAUUGUGCACUUGAUGCAACUGAGUAUAAUCGUAUUUCAGGUUGUGCAUCUGCAAAAGAAGUUUGGGAUAAACUUGAAGUCACGUAUGAAGGGACUAAUCAAGCGAAGGAAUCAAAAGCAAAUAGGCUUGUUCGGGAAUAUGAACUAUUUGAGAUGAAACCUGGAGAAACCAUUUCAGAAAUGAGCACAAGAUUUACUGAUCUGGUGAAUGUUCUCAAAGCUCUUGAAAAAGAAUUCACUGAAGAAGAGUUAGUCAAGAAAGUCUUGAGGUCAUUACCUAAAUCAUGGGAAACAAAAGUUACGGUGAUCUUUGACACCAAAGAUUUCUCCAAAUUCACUUAUGAUGAGCUGAUUGGUUCUCUUAUUGCUCAUGAAAUGCUUUAUGACAAGAGCAAGAGCAAUCUAGAUGAUGAAAAGAAAAAGAGAGGAAUUGCCUUAAAGUUAAGCCAAGAGGAUGAAUUAAGGAAAACUAUAGCCUUUAAGGCUGCCUCAAGCGACAGCUCCAAUUGUUCAAGUGAUGAAGAUGAUCUUGCCAUGAUUACAAGAAGAUUCAAGAAAGCAUUCAAAAAGGGAGGUUCAAAAUAUAAGAAAUUCUUGAAGAAAUAUUCUCCCAAAGGUGAAACAAGCAAAGAUCAAAGUGAGAUUAAAUGCUUUGAAUGCAACAAACCUGGUCACAUCAAGCCAAAUUGUCCUAAACUGAAAAGGAAGAAUUCAAAAGACAAGAGCAAGAAAGCCUUAGUUGCUGGCUGGAUGGAUAGUGAUGAUUCCUCAAGUGAUAACUCUAGUGACAAGGAGGUUGCACACAUUUGUCUCAUGGCUCUAGAAGAGGAUAAACCAGAAAGUUCCCAACAAAGAGAAAUCAACACUGAGGCAAAUAAUUCUGACUCUCUUAGUAUUGAGGAUUAUGAAGAAGCAUUUGCCAAAUUAUAUGAAGAAUACAAAGUUUAUAAGAAAAAAUGUUCUGCUUUAAAUAAAGAAAUUGCUUCCUUAAGAGCUGAAAAUGAUUCUAUGAGCAUUGUUGUACAAGAAAAUAAAUUUUAUAAAAAUCAAAUGGUCUUAUUUGAUGAGCUGAAUAAGGAGUUAGAAGAUUCAAAAAUUGCUUGUGAAAAACUCAUUGAGAAAAACAGGAUUUUAGAAACUAAGGUGGAAUCUUUGACCAAUGAUUUAGCUAAAUUCACAAAUGGCACACAAAUUCUUGAUACGUUACUUGGUUCUCAAAGAUUAUCAAAUCAAAAAUCUGGUCUUGGUUAUGAUGGAUUCAUGCACUAUGGAAAAUACAAAAAUUUCUUUGUAUGUCUUAGAAGCAAGCAAGAGUGUGAACAAUGGUAUGUUGAUAGUGCUUGUUCAAGACACAUGACUGGAGACAAAGAAAAAUUUUCAAACCUCACCUUGAAAAGUGGUGGACAUGUGAGAUUUGGGGACAAAGGCAAAGCUUACAUCAUUGGAAGUGGCUCUAUUGGGAAAAAUCCAAGCAUAAAGGAUGUCGCAUUAGUUGAAGGUUUGAAAUUCAAUCUCCUUAGUAAAGAUAAUCUCAAAAAGUUUGAUGUAAAAUCAGAUGAAGGUAUUUUUCUAGGAUAUUCAAUGCAUAGCAAAGCUUAUCGAGUCUUUAAUAGGAGAACUUUGUUAGUUGAGGAAACCAUUCAUGUUAUAUUCGAUGAAACUAACAACUUCUUGGAAAGAAAGAUUGUUUGUGAUGAUGAUGAACUAGGUGAAAUUUUUGGAAGAAAAAAGGAUGAGACUCAAAAGCAACAAAGUCAACCUAUUGAGCCCCAAAGUGCAUUUGGGAAUGAUAUUGACAAUAAAUAUGCUAAUGAGAAAGAUCAAGAAGAAUGGAGAUAUCAUAGAAAUCAUCCAAAGGAGGACAUAAUUGAUAGCCCUUCAGAAAAGAUGAUGACAAGAGCUCAACUUCGAAAAUACUUUGGUAACGUUGCAUUUGUUUCUCAACUUGAACCAAAGUCUUAUAAUGAAGCUCAAAGUGAUGAGAGUUGGAUUCUUGCUAUGCAAGAAGAACUCAAUCAAUUUGAGAGAAAUAAAGUUUGGAAACUUGUUCCUAGGCCUAGAAAUUAUUCUAUCAUUGGUACCAAGUGGGUUUUUAGGAACAAAAUGGAUGAUAAAGGACAUAAUUGA